AUGCUUUUUUUUUAUUAUCUAGGUGCUGUUGUUCCUGGAGCAGGUGCUUUUGAAAUUGCUGCGUAUUGUACUCUUAAAAAGUUAGCUGACACUGUUAAAGGACGUGCUAAACUUGGAGUUUUGGCCUUUGCAGAAGCAAUUUUAGUUAUACCAAAAACACUUGCAGUCAAUGCUGGACAUGAUGCACAAGAAGUUAUUGUUAAAUUGGUUGAAGCUUAUAAUAAUAAUUUGUCGUCAUCUUCUACUGAUUGUAUUGGUCUAGAUUUGGAAAGUGGGGAAGCUUGUAUUUUACAGGUUUUUUAA